GGCGCACUCGCUAGCAGACGAGCCACUCUUCCGUUGAGGUGACGUGUCUGUAGCACCGCUGCUCUUUUUCCUCAGGGUUGAGUGAGUAGAGGUGGAUUCAGCUGCCUAGCGAUCAACAUGAGCGUUAUAACAGCGAUUUUGGCUCUUUGUCUGAGCCUUUGUGCAGCUGAGACUUGCACAGACCCAGCCAUUUCUCCGUCUUCAUACACGACGACAGACGCGCUCAUCUCCUCCGAGACCGUCUUCAUCGUUGAGUUGAGUCUGGCGUGCGCAAACGGAGCUCAGAGUGUUGCUCUUUAUGCAGACGUCAAUGGCAAGCAGUUUCCUGUGACCAGAGGCCAAGAUGUUGGCAAAUACCAGGUCUCAUGGAGUGUUCCUCAUAAGCAGGCCAGCUCAGGCACAUAUCAGGUCAAAUUCUUCGACGAGGAGUCUUACAGUACUCUAAGAAAGGCUCAGAGAAACAAUGAAGAUGUUGAUGUUAUCAAGCCUUUGUUCUCUGUCAGUGUGGAUCACAGGGGUGCAUGGAAUGGUCCCUGGGUGUCCACGGAGGUCUUGGCUGCUCUGAUUGGCAUUAUGGUCUACUACCUGGCCUACAGCACCAAAAGUGCAAUCCAGGCUUGAGAUGAGAAGAAAAGUCAAUUUUCCACCACACUGUUCAAACUGGUCUUGAGGCAUUCCCCAUUCCCUAACAUUAAUUAUAAUAGCCAAAGUUGGUGUUAUGUUCUUUUUUUUUUUUUUAAACAAAGAAAUACAAAUUUUCAUUUGUGCUAUUAAUAUUAAACCUCAGAAAGACAAAGACUGAGGUGAUUUAUCUGUGACUUAUCAUCAUAGUCCAGUUCUCUAUUGUGAAGUGUCCCAAAUAUCGAUGAAAUUAAUUGACUAUGGGAAUAAACAAUUUUCUC